AUGGAGUACCUAAUCCGCCCAGUACUCGCAUUGGAGGGGGAGCACGGUGUGUCGCUGCACGGGGAGCGGGUCAGCGUGUUGGCCUAUGCCGAUGACCUGGCCAUCGUGGCUAGGUCAGAGGCCUCACUCCAGGCCUUGCUGGACUCCGCUUCUUCUGCGGCGACCUGGGUUGGCCUCAGGUUCAAGCCUGAGAAGUGUGCGACACUUCAUGUCGCCGGCAGAACCGUGAGGCCAACCGCGUUCACCAUUUACGGCUCCCCCCUCCGCGUCCUUGAGGAUGGAGAAACCUACGACCACCUUGGUGUGCCCACUGGGAUGAGAGGUGACCAGACCCCAGUGGCCACCAUUGCCAGGCUGGAAGAGGAGACCGCUAAAAUUUUUGCCAGUGGGCUCGCGCCAUGGCAGAAGUUGGACGCGGUCAGGACAUUCAUAGUCCCCCAGCUGGAUUUUAACCUCAGGACGGCGAGGAUCAGGAAGACCUCCCUAAAGGGGCUGGACUCCUUGAUGAGGGCGGAAGGCAAGAGGACACUCGGCCUCCCCUCGCGAGCCAGCGUGGAGCUGGUCGAGCUCCCACCAUCGUGGGGCGGCGCGGGUCUGCUACCGAUUUCCGACCAAGCCGACUUAGCCGCGGUAGGGCAUGCGUUCCGGCUCCUAACAUCCCCUGACCCUAGAAUCUCCCGUCUUGCCCUGGAGGGCCUGGCCGUGUCUGCUGGGCAUCGCUCUGCUGCCCGGGUCGACGUUGGACGACUCGUCGACUACCUCAACGGGGACGCGGCGGGGAAUUCCAACGUCACCACCACCUUCUCUGCGGCCCGGACGGCGAGGAACCGCCUCUCCAAGCGUCUGCCUACGCUCCGGUGGGGGUGGAGUGAGGAGGGGCGGACAUUUCAAAUGACGAUGCCUGGUACGGGACGGCCAAUCACCGUGGACGGGAGGAGCCGGAAGUCCUUGGCGUCGGCACUGCGGCGAGCACUGCAGCUCCACGGCCGGGCUACCCUUGCCGCGAAGCCGGACCAAGGCAGGGUGGCUCGAGUCGUGACGACUUGCCCCACCUCCAAUCACAUGAUGCGCGGAGGCCGACACACCCGUUUUGCUGACUGGCGGUUUAUUCACCGGGCGCGGCUGAACACCUUGCCGCUGAACGGGUGUCGGAGGUGGGGGAAUGAGGACCGCCGCUGCAGAAGAUGUGGAAGAUAUGAUGAGACGACUGCCCACGUGCUAUGUCACUGCCUUCCUAUGAUGCCUGUCAUAACAAGACGACACGACGCCAUCCUGGAACUUCUGACAUCGGAGAUCCGUGGGCACCCUCAGGAGGAGACUCGUCUGGACAAGAGGGUGCCGUUCCAGGAGCUGGUACCAGACGUGGAGGUCCCGGAGGAGGUGGCCAGCUGCCGACCGGACAUCGUGACGAUCGACCGGAGAAACAAGAUUGUACGUGUAGUCGACGUCACGGUGCCCUAUGAAGACGGUUGGCAGUCGGUGACGACGGCCAGGGAGAGGAAGGUGGAGAAGUACGCACCUGUGGCACGACUGCUCUCGGCUGGGGGCUACCGAACAACUGUAGACGCCUUCGUGGUGGGGUCCCUAGGCGCCUGGGAUUCCGCCAACUGGACUACCCUCAGCCGCCUGGGAGUUGAUCGCCGCAGGGGUGCUGCCCUGGCCAGGCGCUGCGUCUCCGAGGCCAUCAAAUGGAGCCGGGACAUUUACGUGGAGCACGUGACGGGCAUCCGGCAGUACGUGGGAUAG